GAGAAGCGAGAGAAUGGUAUCAUAGAGAAUUUGACAAUAAAAAUUGGGAGUUAGAAAAUGUACUUGAUAACUCUGGUAUAGGUACAACAAUAGCACAUAUUCGUGGUGAUAAUGCAGGAGGUAUAACGGGUGCAGUCGCUUUUUUCCCAAAUGUUCCACUUGGACUUACAGAAAUAUGGCAAUCAACUCGGUUAUACUCCAGCACAGAAAAAACACAUUUCUUAUCUGGAGUUAGAUCUGAUAUUAGAGAUGAAAUUUAUAGAAUUAGUCAAACAAAACCCAUUAACGAUAUUAUUGAUAGUUUGGCAGAACUUGAAUUACAUUAUGAAAUAUUACAACAGGCACCAUCUCAACCUCGCCAUGCACCUAUUGCUUCUGCUAUUCCAGAUGUUAUACCUCAACAACCGGCAUUUCCCAUGGCUGAUAUGCAAAAAAUGAUUCAAGAUACAUUUGCAAAACAGCGAGCUGAAUCUAAAGCUGAAAUAGAAAAAUUAAAGGCUAAACUUCAAGCACAACAACCACAAGUUGCAAUAGUAGGAAAUUUUCAACCCCCACCCAAAUUUUACCCUAUAAAAUCAGAAAAACCUCAGCAAGCAUUUUACAUAGUAGAUCAAGAAGGUAAUAAUAUGGAUUCACUUAUCCAAAAUUCAGAUUACCUUAAAUAUCUCGAGCAAGCAAAAGCCGAAUCACUUGAAUAUAUGCAGUGUAGAAUUGAAGAUAUAAUUAUUCCAGAUGGACAUAAUUCUGAUCAUAUAAUGAAAUUAGAAGGAGGACAUAAAGAUGUACCAAUAUCUAUAAAAUAUAAAAAUAAAUGGGUUACUGAAACAGAACAUAUUGUUGUUAUUAAUGAUGGAAAACCCGAUUACUUUCUUUGUUUAGAAACGCCAUGGAUUCAAAAA